AUGUCAGGACCUGGCUCACAGGAAAACCAAGAGGGCUCGUACUCCAUGUAUCCACCAACUUCACCUGUCGCUCCGCCUGGUAGUGCACAGCAUAACAUGGGAAUGUAUGUAAGUCCCGCAGCUUUUGCACAAUAUGGUUAUGGUUAUCCGGUGCCCAUGGAUAUAUAUGCAGGGCAAGGUGCUCCAUUUCUGAGUUACGGUAUGAAUCCUAAUAUGGUAUAUUAUGGGGGUUCCGUUCCUCAGCCUACUCAUUCAAAGAAGAAGUACUACAAUAAUAAAAUGGAAGCAGGCCCUGGAAGAAAUGAAUCUCCUAAUCAGUAUUUUAACGGUCCUAAACCCACUGCGUCUUCUAACUCCUCCACUACGUCCUCAACUCCUGUGCCUCAGAAGGUUCCCAUUACGAUUAAGAAUCAAUACAAGUUUGAAAUGGGCAAUAGUAACUCGUUCAACACCGAGGGUCUGAAGCUCGAGUAUCCAUUUUUUGUCAACACCAAUGAACAAGAAUAUGCGGAGGCUAAGGCCCUUAGGUACCGGAUUAAGCAUCGCUCUUCCCUCGAUUUGACUAGCGUUCCGUCGUCACGAGCCACUGGAGAGCAAGAAGUCUCUGAGGUUAAACCCGUCGAAGAAGCCAACGUGGAAGACAUCAAGAAACUGUUCCCCAAACAAAAUAUAAAAACCGAAACGGAGUCCCCGGCCCCCCAGACUAACGGAAUAGUUUUAGAACGAAAAGUCCCCACAACGGAGUCAAGCGUUGAGCCCUCUUCAGAGACCAAUUCUCCCGGCUCUGUGAAAGCUGUAAAGUCAUGGUCAGCAGUUGCGUCUAGUGCUGCUCCAAAGGGUGCAUCCUCACAGCCGUUGGCUGAAAAGGACAAAAAAUACGUUCCCUCAACCAUCAAAGGUCUGGAGUCACUUGGAUUAGUGUCUUUAAGGAUAUGCUUUGACAACGAAUACGUUAAAAUGACCACAAAAAGCGUAUUGGAAGAUUGCGUGGGUAUCUGGUCUGUUAUACCGCGCGGUAUUGUCAAUUCGGGCAACAUCUGUUUCAUGAGCUCAAUCUUGCAGGUGUUGCUCAUUUGUCAACCUUUUGUUGACUUACUGAACAUCAUAAGACUGAGAACCCCAGCUAAGGUCGGUUCGCCAGUUUCGCCUUUGCUAGACGCAUGCUUGGGCUUUUACUCGCAGUUUGACAAAGAAACCAUGGAGAGAAGAAAGGCAGUCGAUGAAAAGGCUCAAGAUAGAAAGGGAAGCGCUCCGAUAACGGAAACUAUCAACCCCGAAGAGUUCUACAAAGCCGUCUCGAAACUUCCUAAGUUCAAAGAUCUCAAAUGGGGUCACCAAGAGGAUGCUGAAGAGUUUCUCACACACUUUUUGGAUCAGUUGCAUGAAGAGUUUAUCAAAUCAGUAAGCUCUUUGACGGAAAAUGAUAUUUGGAACCUUAUCAAAAGCAUAAACGACAAAGAUAUAAAGAACGUCUUUAUUAAGAAUUUACUAAAAUACAAGGGCGCUGAGUUCAUAAAAAAUGCUUCAACCCAAUUUAAGGAGAUGCUCGACAAAAACGGCGCAUCUGGAAAUUUUCAAGAUGGACAUGAUGGUGGCUGGCACGAAGUGAGCAGCAGCAAGAAAGGGAAAAAACCCAAGACUGCUGCGAAACGUACCAUGGAAGUUGAGCCCUCCCCAAUAACUUCUAUUUUUGGAGGUCAAUUCCGUUCCGUUCUUGAUAUUCCUCAAAGCAAAGAACAGCAAUCCAUAACGUUGGAUCCAUUCCAGACGUUACAAUUAGAUAUCUCAGAUCCAGAGGUUAAUGACUUAGAGUCUGCACUUUCGAAGUUUAAUGAACCAGAAUUGAUACCGUUCAAAACCUCUACUGGGCAAGAUGUUGAAGCUAAGAAGCAAACUUUCAUUGACAAGUUACCUAAUGUUUUUCUCAUUCAAUUAAAGAGAUUUUCAUUUGUUAAUAACACCGAGAAAAACAGGAUGGUCAACUACAAUGCCUACAGCGGGCGUGUUGAAAAAAUCCACAAGAAGAUAAAUUACUCUCAUGUUCUAAACUUACCAACAAGUACGAUAACGUCAACGCAUCCUUGCGUAAACGGCCAGUAUAAUGCUGACUAUAAGCUGAUAGGUGUCGUUUAUCAUCAUGGUAUCAGUUCCAGUGGUGGGCAUUACACGUGUGACGUUUAUUACGCAGAAACGGCUAAAUGGUUCAGAAUAGACGAUGUGACUGUUACCGAAAUCGGUAGGGAUGAUGUUCUUACGGGAGGUGAAGAUGAAGCCGAUUCACGGACCGCAUACAUCCUAAUGUAUCAAAAAUUGUAA